AUGGCAGAAGAUCUAGAAGUUUCAAGUUCUCUUAAUGUUUCUGAUGAGCUAGAGACAGUUGAUGAGAGUAAUAAAUGUGUAAAGUUAGACCUACCAGUUCAUAUAGCUGCCUUUUUAAAGCGGCAGGAAUUCAAUAGAGGCUUUCAACAAAUUAUAUGUGACCAAUCUUUGUUGGAAAAUGUUGCUACCAACUAUGUAAUAGUAAAGAGAAUACUUAGCUUUCUGCAAUGGCAAGAUAAGUUGCUAUGUAAGAAUGUUUGCUCAAUGUGGCGCUCGGCUGUGCAUACACUGCAGAAGGAGCAGAUGGGCCCCUCUGACUUUGCAAUAAGUUUAAGACUUAGUCACAUAAAAAAUGGAAUAAAGCUGAUGCAAGCAGACUGUUUCUACACUGAACCAUUAGUUGUUUUGGCAUUUGCUAAUAUGGCAGGCUUUUCCGUUACCAGCAAAUGUGAGACAUUGAUACCCUGCCCCUGUGAUCCACCAUGUGAUAAAGACCAUUACCUUUUAGACGUGCUGAAAAACUUAGUAGCUGUUCCGAAGUCAUGUAUGCUAGCAGUAAAAGCCUGUUACACAUCAUACAUGCCCCUGCAACACUCAUUGACCUACCAGUAUCGUGUAACCAAGAAGUUUGGGAGGUCCAGUGCAUUCAUAGGCGGCCUCUAUAUACCAUUGAUACCAAAUGUAGAGUUUCAAGUAAUAAAUAUAAAAUCACUAGCGGACAUACCAAGGACCUUCAUUAAAACCAUAGAUAAGAUGGCAGAGACUCGCUAUGUGAAAGGAGCAUUAGUUUUUGUCAAUGAAAGCUUCAUCCUCCACUCUGUGGAAGAUAUAGUGUUUUUAAAUUAUUUGAAGGAUGUCCAACCUGAUGUGCCGUACGCACUGGGAGGGUGCUUAGUAGAAGACACAGUAUCUGAUAGUGAAGAUAUGAACUUUAUGAUAGAAGGAGUGAACGCUGGCAAAGAACUGAUGAGUGAGAACAUUGUAUCCAUUUGCCUGUUUACAGUUCCUAAAGUCCUGGACUCUCAAACGGAUGUUUGUAACUUUGAUGUAUUCUCACUUAUACUUGAAUCACAUGAUUGGUCCAAGGCUAAGGUACAAGCUGCUAUUAAUGAGUUUGCAAGAAAAGUUCCUCACUUUACACACAGUGUUGUGAUAAAGAUGUCGUGUGUGGGUCGCGAUAAUAAACAUGAUUACGAGCAGGAAUUCUUCAGGGCUGCAUUCCCUAAUACUCGGCUUGUCGGUUGCUAUGGUAACGGAGAGUUAGGAAUCAAUAGGCCGGAGCGGCCACCGCCAGAGCCGCGCUCAAGCAACGUGAAGCGCCAACGAGCAGACUCCGGUCCACAAUAUGGUCUCAUGUAUUCAUAUUCAACAGUUUUUGUAUACAUUGGUUGGGGUAACAUUGUGACGCCCGCUGAAGCCACUUAACAUCACCACUGCCACCAUGCAUUUUACUCUGACAUUCUAAAUAUUGGUCACAUAAUUUUGUAGAUUGCAUUACCUAUCUACAAGAUCAAGUGUAAUUUUGUAAUAUCUGUGUGUUUUAUACUUUUAAUAUGAAUAUUGUAAGAGCUUAUUUUAAGGGUAAUUUGAUAUUCUGUACCAAAGGGUAAAAGAAUUUAGUGUUAGUGUGUAGUUCAAUAGCUACCAAGCCACUUAGGCGCUUAUUUAUUACCCAUAACCAACAUUACUGCCAUACAGAUAAUAAUAAUGAUAAUUUUAUAUUAAAA